UCCCCAUCUCUCCCUGUCUCCCACACAGUUGCAGCCAUGGCUCAGACCCUGCAGAUGGAGAUUCCAAACUUUGGCAACAGCAUUCUGGAGUGUCUGAACGAGCAGCGGCUGCAGGGCCUGUACUGUGAUGUGUCGGUGGUCGUCAAAGGCCACGCAUUCAAGGCCCACCGGGCUGUGCUGGCCGCCAGCAGCUCCUACUUCCGGGACCUGUUCAACAGCAGCCGGAGCGCUGUGGUGGAGCUGCCGGCAGCUGUGCAGCCGCAGUCCUUUCAGCAGAUCCUCAGCUUCUGCUACACAGGCCGGCUGAGCAUGAACGUGGGCGACCAGUUCCUGCUCAUGUACACAGCCGGCUUCCUGCAGAUCCAGGAGAUCAUGGAGAAGGGCACUGAGUUCUUCCUCAAGGUGAGCUCCCCCAGCUGCGACUCCCAGGGCCUGCACGCUGAGGAGGCCCCGUCAUCCGAGCCCCAGAGCCCCGUGGCACAGACGUCCAGCUGGCCUGCUUGCGGGACCCCGUUGCCCCUUGUGUCGCGCAUCAAGACAGAGCAGCAGGAGUCGGACUCCGUGCAGUGCACGCCCGUGGCCAAGCGGCUGUGGGAUGGUGGCCAGAAGGAGGCGGGGGGCAGCGGGGGCGGGGGCAACGGCAGCCGCAAGAUGGCCAAGUUCUCCACGCCGGACCUGGCCACCAGCCGGCCACCCCAGCCCCCGCCGCCUCAGCAGGCCUUGGUGGCGGCAGCGGCGGUGGCAGGGGGCGUGGUGAGUGGGCCCAGCACCUCGGAGCGGACCAGCCCAGGCACCUCAAGCGCCUAUACCAGCGACAGCCCCGGCUCCUACCACAACGAGGAGGAUGAAGAGGAGGAUGCGGGCGAGGAAGACACGGACGAGCAGUACCGUCAGAUCUGCAAUAUGUACACCAUGUACAGCAUGAUGAACGUCGGCCAGACAGCCGAGAAGGUGGAGGCCCUCCCUGAGCAGGUGACCCCCGAGAGCCGGAAUCGCAUCCGGGUGCGGCAAGACCUGGCAUCUCUCCCGGCUGAGCUCAUGAACCAGAUUGGCAACCGUUGCCAUCCCAAACUGUACGACGAGGGUGACCCCUCAGAGAAGCUGGAAUUGGUGACAGCCAUUCGCUGGCUCCCUUCUUCAGGCACCAACGUGUACAUCACAAGGGCGCAGCUCAUGAACUGCCACGUCAGUGCGGGCACGCGGCACAAGGUCCUGCUGCGGCGCCUCCUGGCCUCCUUCUUUGACCGGAACACGCUGGCCAACAGCUGUGGGACCGGCAUCCGCUCUUCCAGCAACAACCCCAGUCGCAAACCGCUGGACAGUCGCGUCCUCCACGCUGUCAAGUACUACUGCCAAAACUUUGCCCCCAACUUCAAAGAGAGUGAGAUGAAUGCCAUCGCGGCUGACAUGUGCACCAAUGCUCGCCGUGUUGUGCGUAAGAGCUGGAUGCCCAAGGUCAAGCUGCUCGUGCCCGAGGGUGAUGCCUACACCACCUUCAUCAGCGACACGGGCAAGAUCGAGCCAGACAUGAUUGGCAUGGAGCACAGCUUUGAGACAGCCAGCCAUGAUGGCGAGGCCGGCCCCUCGGCUGAGGCUCUGCAGUAGCCGCACCAGCCUGUCCCCAAGGGGCUGUCACACUCUGCCCCCUUUCCCCCUCCCUCCCCCCACCAUCACACCUGCCCGCCAUUUUGGUCACUAGCUACUGUCUGUCCCUCCCCAGGGCCCGCGGGGGGUGGUGCAUGCUCCCAGCCCCUCUGCCUCCCCGGUCCCACCCCUGACCCCAAUCGGAGCGGGCUGGGAGAAGGCGGCAGGGUUGUGAGGUCUGCAUUGCCUUCUCUAGCACACACUUGUGCACAGUUGGGGAGCCCCCACUCCCCUCUCCUAACCCCUGGCAGUUGUCUCCCUACUCCCCAGGCUGGGCACAGGGAGGGGCUGGCCUGGGGGGGCUCCAGAAGCCCCACCUCCCCAGGCCCCAGGGCCACCUGGAGGAGGUAUUCCUCAGCCUCCAUUCCUUGGGACUCACAGGGGCCCUGGGGUUCUCAGGACCCCCCACCGCCUCCACCACCACCUCCCAGUGCUUCCAUGUUUCCAAAAGCGCCUUCCUGUCUCCCUGGUCUGUCCCUGCACCCGCAGGCUGGGGUAAGCGAGGUGUGGGGACUGCUGCCUGAUUUGUAGCAGAGGAAACAGGCUCAGAGAAAUUCCACGACUAACCUAAGGUGGUAGAGUGGGGGCCAGCCCAGUGCCCCUCUCUGCCACCCUGUACUCAGCCUCUGCUGCCCCUAUCUGUCCCCUGGGGCCUGAGGGGCAGGCCCUGGGUGAGGGGGCCCUUGGGGGCAGACCCAGGGUCUGAGGACAGAAGGAGAGGUUUCCGGGCGCUUGCAGAAGCGUUUGCGUGUGUGCGCGCGCGCGUGCGUGUGUAGAUGUUUUGCGUUUAAAAAGAUGAAGAUAAAAGCAGCAGUAGGACCAGGGUUGGAACCCAGGGGAGCAGGCUGGGUGGGGGGGCUGCUGCCCUUCCCUCCCUUCCCCACCCCCACCCUGCGCCCACCCCGUGUACAUACUUUUUAAAACAUUUUUUUAGCUAAUGAAAUACUGAAGUAUAAGAUUCCUUUUAUUUUUCAAACCAACGGGACUGUGUCUGAGGUCCCCUUCGGACCCCAGGGCUGUGGAAGGCAGGAUGGGGCGUAGGGGCUGGGGCAGGUUGAUUGCAGUGUGCACGUGUGGAGUGUGGGUGCGCGUUUGGGAGGCAGGGCUGCCCGGGCUCCUAUGGGUCUAACCUGCUGCUCCCACAGCGGGCCUCCAUUUGAAGGGUAUCCCUGGCCUUAGGGACAGGGCAGGGCCUGCUUUCAUUAUUAGCAGUUGUUGCAGAAUUUUCUCUCUAACCAUUCCUCUGUCCUUGCCCAGAGCAAGGGGUUUUUGUUGUUUUCUGUUUGACUUGUGAACUUGGGGCGUUUUAUUGUUUUCUUCCCCAUUCCCUCAGCACUGGGUGUCAGGAUUUCACAUUUGUAGCUUUGGCCCUUGACCUCACCUGUCUCGCCUCCCAACCUGACAGGCCCCGUGCACCCAUUGCUCCCAAUUACCUCUGUCUCCAGAGGCAGGGGGAUCACAGGAGGUGGGAGUGGGGGUCAUCCCUGACCGGACACUUAGAUUCUGAGUGGGAGCCACCCUACCCCCACCCAGCAUCCCCCGCUGGUCUGACAUCUGCUUGUUGCAGGGUGGGGAGUUGUGGGGGGGGGUCCCAGUGCGCUGUUCCCUGGCCCAGCCCCCGGCACCUUAGCCUUCAGUGCCCGAGUGGUAGGGGGGAGCCGACACCCCCAGCUAAAGCACAAGCACCUUAGUCGCACCUCCCCGCCCCUCAUCCUGGCCUUGACACCCCACCCCAGCGUCAAUCCCAAAGCACAAUAUCCUGGACACUUGGUAAGCGGCUGGCUGAGGCUGAGGGGUGGUCUGGGGCUCCAGCCAGACCCCCCCCAAGGAAGGAGUCUCCAGGCGCUCCCCUCCUUCCAGGCCUUAGCAGGGGCCAGCUCUCUGGGACUGGAGUCUAUUCCCUCCCCACCUCCUUGUCCUGGGCAGACCCCUGCCUGGCCUCUCCCUGCCUUGUCCUCGGGUGGGGCUUGCCCCGUCCCUCCUCCUAGCCCCUGCGCUCUGGGUUGGGUGGCAGAGCCCUCUCAUUUCAGGGACCCCCAGGAGGCGCCCCUGGCUCCCGGGACUGUGUGUGUUGGUCUGGGGGGGUGGGGAGAGAGGCCAGGGAGGGGUGCAGGGGAGGAAACUCCUCACCAGGAGAGCCAAAGACAGGGUUGUGCCUUACCCCAGGAGCUGCCCCUGCGCCCUCCCACCUGCCUGCCCUCUGGCGCCUGCUGCUUUUUUCCCCUUGGCCCUGCCCAUCCUUGCUCUGAGCUGCAUGGUCCCCCCACCCAGGGCAGCCCAGGAAGGAGCACGAAUGGAGAAAUCAACUAACGCAAAAAAGACUGUGGGGGCCUUCUCUGCCUGCCCCAGCCGCCUACUCUCCCACGCCUCUUUCACGCAGGACGGACUGCCCGCCCUGUCCGCGUGAAGUGCCAACGCCCUGCCCUCCCCACCCCGGGCCAAGCCCCCCACUCCCUGGGCUGUCAGUGAGAUUGAGAUUGCACAUGAACUACUGUAAGGAAGGCGAGGAGCCACACUGGGAAAUGUGAACCAUGAGAACAUCAGUGAUACUGAUGAGGAGAAUAAACUAAACGCCUUUGUAACAA